AUGAUUUUAAUUGGUUUUUUUUUAAGGAAUAAUCCAAUAUUAAAUAAUUUAAACGGCAUUCGUCUAGAAUUCGUAUAUGACAUAAUAAAUGAAGCCUCAUUAAUUUGUGAAAAUUCAAUUACAGAGCCUUGGCCUCUCGAAAAACAAUUACAAUAUUUUCAAGAUCAUAAACUGCUUACUUCCAAAGAAAAGAUAUAUUGUAUGGAUCGUGUUUGUGAAACUGAGAAGAAAAAUGAUAGAAUGAAAAACAAAAACUUCAAUUGGUUAAAUACACAAUGCAUACAUUGCCAGAAUGAUCUCACUUCAGAAAGCACUUGCAAAUAUUGUGUUCAAUUAUACCUUAUGAUUGAAUGGGUACCUUUCACAAAAUUUAAAAACACUGAGCUUAUAGCCCAAGGCGGAUUUGGUAAUAUUUACGUCGCUACAUGGAUCGAUGGUCCGAGAAUAAAUUGGGAUGGAUAUAAACAAAGCUUUAUAAGAGAUGGACCAAGACGUGUUAUUUUAAAGUCUAUGAAAUGUUCAGAUCACUAUGAAAAAUUCUUCCGAGAGGCAUUGGCCCACAUUUCAUUCACUAUGCAAACUUCCCUUAUUGUUUCAUGUCAUGGUUUAACUAAAACUCCGGAACAAAAUAAUUAUAUGAUGAUAUUAGAUUAUCAAAAAGAUGGUCGAGAAUAUGAUGAACAACUUGCAAAAGAAAUUAUCAUAAAUAAUCUUCGUCCUCGGAAAAUUCAUGAACUUCCUUCUGACUAUGAAGAAAUUAUUAAAAGAUGUUGGGAUCCCAAUAUUUCAAAUAGGCCAAGCACUUUAGAGCUCUUUAAUAUUUUUAGAACAAAUUUAAAAAAAAUUUAUAAAGGAGAGUUAAAUAUACCAGAACCAGAUAUUGCACAUAUUGCACUUUCAACUGAUAUGAUUUCCAGAACUAUAAAUACAGAAAAAAUUAAAGAAAUCAUACACACUGAACAAUCAAGCCACACCUACACGGAAGAAUUGGAUCUUUUUAGUCAAAUUCAUAUUGAUAAUUAA